UCCUCUCGCUCUACACGCACUUUAUACUCGUGCACUAUGUCAGACGGCUGGCGAGCACACUACAACUCGUCUCAAUCAUCGACCAGUCACACGCGAGACGGACCCGGUCGGGAGGACCAACCUCCAACUAGCGCUGCUCGGAUCCCUUACGCCGGACAAAUCCGUUGCUUUCCAGUGUCGGAGUGAGGAGGCAGCAGUGCGGGAAGAAAAGGGAGAGGAAGAGGGGGCACUCGGAAGGGUCUAGAAGAUAGAGGAAAGGAGCAUGAGAAGAGUUUAUUUCAACGUUCGGUGCUGCUGCAAGGCUGAGAGAUGUGCGGCGUAACAUGGAUAAUCGAGAAGGGAUAAAACUCAACAAACAUCCACUUGGACAGGGGAAAUGUGUAAGUGCUGGAAAGGACACAGAAGGAAUUCAUACGCUUAUGAUUGGAUUUGAGUUUGCAUCGACCUGAGACCAUUAAAAUGGUGUUGCUGUGGAAACUGUCAUUGCUGCUGUCGUUGCUCGACUGCUUAGCAGGUAACAGAGUUUUGCUAAGGCCCGUGUUCACCAAACAACCUGGCAGUGUGGUUUUUCCUCUUCACCCUGGAGAGAACCAGAGAGAAGUGGUGUUUAGCUGUGAGGCCCAGGGAUACCCCCCACCCUCCUACAGGUGGAGACUAAACGACUCGUUCAUUGCGCUGACACCGGGGUCACGAUAUUUCCUCACGGGAGGAAACUUGCACAUUACCCGUCUGAGUAAGGCAGAUGAUGCUGGCAUAUUUCAGUGUCUGGCAUCUAACUCAUUUGGCACCAUCGUCAGCAGAGAGGCCAGUCUUCACAUUGCUUACUUGGAAAAUUUCAAGACUCAAAGAAGAAAUCCGGUAAGGGUUCGUGAAGGUCAAGGAGUGGUCUUACUGUGUGGCACACCUUUUCACUCUGGAGAGCUUACAUUCUCAUGGAUCUUCAACGCAUACCCAUCGUUUGUCAUCCAGGACACGCGGCGAUUCGUGUCUCAGAAAACUGGCAACCUCUACAUUGCCAAAGUUGAACCCUCGGAUGUGGGCAAUUAUACUUGUGUAGUCACAAACACAGUCACCAAAAGCAGUGUUCAAGGACCACCUACACCCCUCAUCCUACGACUAGAUGGUGUAAUGGGUGAAUAUGAACCAAAGAUUGAGGUACAGUUCCCUGAGGUUGUUCCUGUAGCCAAGAGCUCAACUAUCAAGCUGGAAUGUUUUGCACUUGGAAACCCAGUUCCCACCAUCAGCUGGCGGAGAGUCGAUGGAGCCUCUUCUGGAAGAAAAGUAGAUAUUAAUAAAGCCAAUGGUGUGUUAGAGAUCCCUUACUUUCAACAGGAGGAUGCUGGAAUGUACGAAUGUUUGGCUGAAAACAGCAGAGGUAGAAACUCUGUGAAAGGAAAGCUGUCUUUCUAUGCUGCACCUCAUUUGACUGAGAAGCCUCCGGAUGCUCAGAAGACGAUUGAUGAAACUUUGGUGUGGGAGUGCAAAGCCAGUGCCAAGCCUAAACCCUCCUAUCGUUGGCUGAAAAAUGGAGAGCCUCUGGACCUGACAGAGGGCCGAAUCCAAGUGAAUAAUGGAAUUUUGACCAUCAGUGGCCUCAGUCUUGCUGACAUCGGCACAUACCAGUGUGUGGCUGAGAAUAAGCAUGGUAGAGUCUUCACCAAUGCUGAGCUUCAAGUCAUAGCUGUAGCGCCAGACUUCUCUCAGAAUUUGCUGAAGCCCCAAACUCUGGCUCGGCAGAGUGGUGAUGUACUGAUUGAAUGCAAACCUAAGAUGUCUCCCUGGGGUGUGAUUUCAUGGAGGAAAGGAAAAGAAGCCUUAAGAGAGAGCCACAGAGUUACUGUAUUGGAUAAUGGAAGCCUUCGUAUUUCCAAUGUCUCUAAAAUGGAUGCCGGUCUCUAUACAUGCGUGGCCAGAAACCAGUUUGGCGUAGCGAGCAGUGCUGGCAGCCUUUUGGUUAAAGAGCCAACUGUGAUCACAAGCCCAGCUGGUCAUCUGGAUGUGACUGUGGGAGAGAGCAUUGUGCUGCCAUGCCAGGUGUAUCAUGACCCCUCACUGGAUCUGAAGUUCACAUGGUUCUUCAAUGAGCAGCUUAUCCACUUUGGCAGCGCUGGAGUUUAUUUUGAAAGAGUUGGAGGGCACUCCGCCGGGGACAUAAUGAUUCGGAAUAUUCAACUAAGGCAUGCUGGCAAAUAUACAUGUGCGGUUCAGACCAAAGUGGACAGUGUGUCAAUUGCCACUGAUGUUGUGGUCAGAGGUCCUCCUACACCCCCUGUGGACUGUCAAGUGACUGAGAUGACAGAGACGACAGCACUUUUGACCUGGGGACCUGGGAUGGACAACCACAGCCCCAUUGUCAGCUAUACCAUCCAGGCCAGGUCUCCCUUCUCUCUCGGGUGGCAAGCCAUUACUACUGUUCCCGAGGGGCUCAGCGGAAAGCAUUUGUCAGCCACUGUCAUUGGCUUGAAUCCCUGGGUGGAGUACGAGUUCAGAGUGCUUGCAACCAACAGCAUCGGAACAGGAGAGCCAAGCAAAGCGUCGCGAAAAGCCCGCACCAAGGAUACGCUUCCCAGGGUGAUUCCAGCAAGAGUAAAUGGCGGUGGCGGAGGACGCUCAGAAUUGGUCAUCACUUGGGAGCCUGUUCCAGAGGAGUUGCAAAGCGGCCCUGGUUUUGGCUAUGUGGUGGCCUUCCGCCCACUCGGCACACAGGGCUGGAUGCAGGCCGCUGUCACAUCUCCUGAUGCCUCCAGAUAUGUCUUCAAGAAUGAUAGCAUCCCACCAUAUUCAGCUUACCAAAUCAAAGUCGGGGUUUACAACAACAAUGGAGAAGGGCCUUUUAGUCCAAUGGCUACUAUCUAUUCAGCCGAGGAAGAGCCGAGCAGAGCACCAGGGAGGCUAAGGGCAAAGAGCAUAUCAUCGUCUGUGGUGGAGGUCACUUGGAAGCCUCUUGCCUGGAGCAACAAUCGCAGACGCAUCCUGGGCUAUGAGUUGCAGUACUGGGGGGUAAAAGAAAGGCAGGAGGCAGCAAGUGUCAUUCGGACAGUGGGGAAUAAGACUUCAGUGCUCAUCAGGGAUCUGGAAGGCAGCAGUACUUAUUUGAUAUCCCUGCGGGCCUAUAACAGUGCUGGAGUGGGUCCACAGAGCAGCACAGUCAAUGUCACCACCAAGAAACCUCCGCCCAGUCAGGCCCCCGUCAAAAUCAUGUGGAACACUUCCAACUCCAAGGUCAUUCUGCACUGGGACCAAGUACACGCUCUGGAUAAUGAGUCUGAAGUUACGGGUUAUAAGGUGAUGUACAGCCAAGACAAACACAGCCUUCCAAGUGUGGUGGAGACAAACACCACAUCUUUAGAGUUGUCGCUGCCUGUCAAUGAGGACUACGUCAUCCAGAUUAAACCUUUCAGUGAAGGCGGAGAGGGCAUCAGCAGUCGCCAGAUUACGAUCCCCAAGAUAGCAGACUCCAUUGCCACAGGGGCUACCUCAGUAUCUUCAUCGCUUCCUGUGGCCCACCUUGCUGCUCUCAUCGUCACAGCCAGGACCAUGCUAUGACUGUUUUCAGGAAGUCUGCACUGCAGCCUAAUAUUAAGAGGAUGAGCAGGUCAAAUACAAGAGCCCGGGGGGCUUCUCUUAACUUUACCCUGUCUCCCAACCGACUGCUAUUUUCUCCUCUUCUAGCUAAAAAGAUCGCCUUGUGAACAAUGCGUUUCAUCUUGUGUGAAGGGAAGGAGUCCCUUAAAGGAACUGGGCCUUUAAGAAGUGACACUUAUGUGACAGGAAUUGACCUACAGCCGUUGUGGAUGUUUUUUGUUCUUUCCUCACUUCUAAUAUAUGGAUAGUGUCAUGUAUUGGGAGUUAUGUACUCGUGGACUUUUCCUGGAUUUUCUUUUGGCAUAUGGGGGAAAAAGUGCUUUUCUAAGUGUCAUUCUAGAUAGGAGUGGCUGAGGAAGAUUCCUCUCACUCCAUUAGGACUGUGUUUUAGAAUGCAAAUACAAAACAAAAAGGUAGCUGCAGAUCACUGGAGAAAAAAAUGGAGCCCAUUGCUUUGUAACAACUUUUGGGAACUCUGUGACUUUACCUAAAUCGUAUUAAUGCUUUUAUGUUUUCCGGCUGCAUCUCAUCAGCCAUAAAACAGUUGAACCAAAGUUGUGAUGAAUAGACAUGACAAGGCCAAACCUACUAAUGGUGCGAGCACUGAUGAAUCAGUUUCUUACCUUGCUCCUCCACAUACCGUCCUCACCAAGUGCAUAAUGAUGGCACACUGAGAGUUGUACACUCGAUGUAUGGAAUCCUCAGGUCCCAUUCGAGCCUUAAGUCUCCUACUAGAAUCUACGUUGUGGUUGUUGUUCAACGGUUCUGUUCAUUUAUUCUCCUACCUUGUUUCUCCACAAUGUAUUGUGUGUUCUACAUUUGUUCAGGCAAUGUGGGCUCAAACAAUACAUCUUUCUCCUGUCUUUCAUCAUGAGAGACUGAUCUUUUCUGGGUUGCUUCCAGAAUAUAGAUCCUUUGUCAUUUGCCGUAGAUUGGGUUUGGCAAAUUUGGAUGUUCAGAAAAAGCUUUUAAUAAACAUGAUGCCAUUGUC